GGGAUAGAUCGGCUUAUCGUUUACAUUGGUUCGUAGCUGCGGCGAUGUCCGAACCCGAAUCCUGCCAAUAUAUAGCAGCGUAGGAGUUCCGAAGGAUUUCAUUUGUCUCCGAUUCGUCGUGCGGAUGAAACGGCGUCCGAGAUGCGGGCGAAUCUCCUGUGCUCGUUAUUCGCUAUCGCGGGGGCGAUGAAUCUACCGUCUCCGUCGUUACGACGAGAUCGUUUUUACGCCCACCUGACGAACGAGGAUCGCGAACUCCCCUUCACGUCGCACGGAAGUUACAGCCGGAUCGAAACCGACGGACGUCGUCACGUGAUCGACCACAGUGUCGAUCCCAUCCCGGAAUUCGACACGAUCGCCCCCGAUGAUCCGGAAGAAUCCACGUGGGAAGAGGUCGCGAUUGUUGGCGACAAAGGCCGAAAUUCCGAUUCACUUCCAACGGGAGAUCGGAUGAUCCUACCGAUGGAGGCUACGCCCUGGACUCGCGACGAUCCCGUCGUCCCGCACGCCGAAACACCCGAGGGACGUCAAACGGAUCGAAAUAUGGAGCGAUACGACCCGAGGUCAGGAUCGAAUAUCCGCGAGCUUCAUCCCGGCAUGCGUAGCGAUCUUCGGAACGAUUACGAACGCGGCGCUCCUGGAAUCCCGGAACCACGAAGCACGGAAAAAUUACCAUUUGGAUACGUUUCGCCGGUUGCGAAAAUCCCUGUGCCCCCUGGUUACAAAAUUCGUUACGACGAUUGAAUUUGGAUCACUUAUUCAUUAUUCAUAGAAUUUUUUUUUCUGCAGAUUUUGUGGAAAUCUUUCAAUUCGAAAGGGAUGUAGAAAGUAAUGAUAAAAAAAUUGUGAAAAAAUCGCAUCUGGAAUAAACGUUGUUUAUUUUUUUCUUCAAAUCGUCAAUAAAACGGAACGCAUAAUUACGUCUCAUCGAAUACUCGUCCGGGACUCGAAAGUGAUAGAAGAUGCAUAUUUUUUUUUUUACGAUUUUUUUGCACGCACGAGAGACCGAUGCGAGUCCAUUUAUAUUCUAAUCCCAUCGACGUUUCGGCGU